AUGACUCUUGGAACAUUGCCUCAGGACUUUAACCCUAAUUCAUUACCUUUUAAUGAUCCAGCACAAACAAGAAAAGUUGCUUUAAUCACUGGUGGAAACAGUGGUCUUGGUUUUUUUACAUCUCUCCAUCUCUAUACACAUGGUUGGGAGGUUUAUGUUGCCGCUCGUAAUCCCACUAAAGCUAACGAUGCCAUCAAAAAGAUCAAGUCCGAAGCAGAAAGUCGUAAAAGCGAUCUUCCAGCAAUUGCGGUUUUUGGAGAGCUUCAUUUUACUCAAUUGGAUCUUUCUUCUCUUGCAAAAACCAAAAAAGGUGUUGAUGAAUUCCUUUCCAAGGAAUCUCAGCUCAAUUUACUCAUUAACAAUGCUGGCGUCAUGGCAUUACCCAUUGAAAUCACUGAUGAUCAACUUGAUAUUCAGAUUCAAACAAACCAUAUCAGCCCUUUUUACUUAACUCUUAACUUACUCCCUUUGUUAAAAAAAUCUGAGUUUGGUCCCAGAAUUGUCUUCCUUUCUUCUCUUGGCCAUCAAAUUACCGACAAUCCAAAGGACUUUGGAAAGCUGUACAACUACAUCCCCACUUUUAUUUCUGGUAUGUUACGUUAUGGUAACAGUAAACUGGCUAAUAUUCAAACUGCAAAGGCUCUUGCGUUAAGAUACCCCUCUAUUCUUUCGGUCGCUGUUCAUCCUGGUGUGUGUUGCCAAACAAAUCUUUUAAGCUACUGGCGUAAUCUCCCGUAUAUAGGCUAUGUUGCGAGUAUUACUGUCGAUACAAUUAACCAUUACAUUGGAAUAUCUAAUGAACAAGGCUCUUAUAAUACGCUUUUUGUUGCUUUGUCGCCAGAAGUUACAACGCAGGAGAACAAUGGCGAUUACUUUACUCCUGUUGGCUUUGUUACUCAACCUUCAGCCAUUGCUUCUGAUCCUGAAAAGAUUCAGCAAACCUGGGACUGGACUGUCACUCAACUUGUUGAUCGUGGAUUCCUUUCUCCAGAAGAAGCUCAAAAGCUUAAUGGAUCCAAACCAUCAUCAUCCGAUUCCGCAGAUACUAUUCCUUCAAGUGCAACAGAGUCUAGUGCUAGUGCACCAUCAUCAUCUUCUUCUGCAACUACUGUUUAG